CAUGUCUAAUCAAAGUGUCAACUCGAUGGCGAUAGGGAUGGGGCUUGAGCAAAAAUAUAAUUUUAUUUACUUUUAUUGGUUCCCUAAUCUAUUUCGACGCAAUUGCAUUGGUAUUUAAUCAGAAUGAGAUUAAUGUUCGUUACGAGAUUGAGAGCGGAGGUUUUUAUAGAUUGAUAUAUGUUAAUUUCGUCAAGAAGCGCGAUGGGGUGCUUACACAGUAAGAAGGAAGUUUCAGAGUUGCAUCCAAACGUAUUUCGGGUGGUAAACAUAGACGAGAACGGACUGGACCUGUGUUCGGGGCAGCUGGAGAUAACCGACACGGAUAUUAUUCUGUACAGGGAAGGGAGGGACUCCACUGUUUGGCCUCUGCACUCUCUUCGAAGAUAUGGAUUUGAAGGAGAAAUAUUUAGUUUUGAAUCAGGAAGAAGAUGUGAGACAGGCGAGGGUAUAUACGGAUUUAAAUGUCGCAGAGCGUCACUGCUAUUCCGGACACUACAGCAGCACAUACAACUGCGGAACGUGAUCCACGACUCCGUGCCGUACCCCGUGACCCGGCUGGCCGGCUCGCCCGCGCCGGCGCGCCAGACGCUCCAGGCCAGCGUCGUCCACCGCUCCUCGAUAGACAACAGCAUAGACAACACGCACGUACCACCCGCAGUUGCCCCCACAAUACCUAGCAGCGUUACGCAAUCACCCAGAUCCCCAUCUAGCGUCGACAUCUUAGAAGUCAUGCCGCUUUACCCCCGUACGCAAGCGAGCACCAACCAUGUCACUAACGUCUACCAAGUCAGGGACUUUAAGAGAGAACACAACAACAACCAAGCCGAGGCGACGGCGGAAGUGCGACACGUUUACAGCAACGACUUGAACAGAGAUCUCGCGAUACUAAGGAACACUUUGCGUCAGGAGAGCGUCAUUAAUACUAUGAGAGAUAUCGAAGAUGAGACGCGGUUCCUUGAGAGCAGAUAUUUAAACGAUAAUAAUCCUGAAGCGGAGCAAGUGACGCCGCUGUCACCAACUUUCAGCAGUAGUAGUGAGCAUUACGCGCAGCUCAGCAUAGAACAACAAGAAACCGCCAGAUUAUACAUGAAUUUAGUCCCUUGCGACGUCCCGGACGCUAAUAAGAACGAAGGACCGCCCUCGACGCCGCUAACCCCUAAACAGGCGGAAUACUGCAAUUUUUUACCCGGCAACAAAUCCGAGGCGAACUCUUACGCCAACUUAGCCCUCGGCGAUAAAAACUCGAAAAUGCUGCGUUUCAACGCUCCGACCACGGAGCAUAGUCAAAAGUUCUCCGAAUCUGAUACCUUUCCAUCAUUAUCCCCGGUUGAGGAGCUAGAAGUGAAUUACGCAGUGCUAGAUAUAGACGGGAACAAGGAGGUGAGGCCCCGGGAGUUCGCGUCACCGGAGAGUCAGUCCUACAACAGUUCGAGAAACGAGAGUAGCGCGUCGUGUGCUUCUCAGGGGCGAGGGAGGCUGGUGUCGCAGGGCAGCGUGGAGCGCGGCGCGGCGCCGGCGCCGAGCGUGGGCUACACCACCAUCGACUUCGACAAGACCGUGGCGCUCACGUCCGUGGCGGCGGGAGACGUGGACGACGGCCAGCGCAAGCGCCACGACUCCAUCAGCCCCAGCGGCACCGACAAGCCUAAGCUAAGUUUCGGCUAGAUAUUUAUUCAGUGUCUGAUGUACACUUG